AGGAGAGAGAGACAGAGCCGCGCUAGCUGCCUCCAGGAUCCUCUCCCAGCCUCGAGCAGCCGAGAUGGGAACAGUCCUCGCUGUUUCCAGGGCAGCCUUUCGACGGACACGACAAAGAUACAACAUUCACUCCUAAAGGACGAGGAGCAGAGGGGCGUUUGCAUCUCCCAGCUCCUUGCACCCGGGCUGUCACUAGGAAUUUCAGGGGUUGCUCUGAUGUGAGACUGAUACCCCCAUACUGUUUUUUAUCGUUAGUAUUUUCCUCUCCUCCUCUUUUCCUUCCCUCACCCUUCCAUCCCACCCCGAGCCCUUGGCUCAGCCGGUGGCUUGUUCUAGUAGUGGGGUUAGCUCGAGGGGGAGCUGUUUAGUGAGGAGGGGGCGACUCGUCUUUUCCCACGGGCAGACGGAGCAAUGCAGCUUGUGUCCUCGCAUCUGGCUGGGUAUUUCUGAACACUCUCCUUGCUGCGUCUCCGGCGGAGAGGGGCUUUUCCCCUCUCAGGAGGCGGGCGAGGAGCUAACCGGCCUUCGUCCCCAGUGACAAGACAACUGCCAUGGCGAGCGGGAGCAGCACCCGGAUGGAACGGGGUUAUGUCUUCGCAUUCUGUUGCCUGGUUCUGUUGGACCCGGGGUGGGUUUGGACCAGGGCUCCCAGCACCCAGGAUCCUGAGCUGGAGGGACAGAUGGAGAGCAAUGGCAGCACCAGCUGGAGUCCCACCUUGGAGGACACUGUGGUGGCUCCCACUGAGGCUGUACCAGGAGGUGACCGGUGCCGUGGCUACUACGAUGUCAUGGGGCAAUGGGACCCUCCCUUCAAUUGCAACUCAGGGAUCUACCGGUACUGCUGCGGGACCUGUGGGUACCGUUUCUGCUGCCAGUUCAAGCAUGGGCGGCUGGACCAAAGUGGAUGCUCCAAUUAUGACACCCCCAACUGGGUCAACACAGGCCAGCCACCAGCCCGGGUGGAUGAGACCCCUGAGGAUCCUACCCGGGACAAGACCAACAUGAUUGUAUAUAUCAUUUGCGGCGUGGUGGCCAUCAUGGUGCUGGUGGGCAUCUUCACCAAGCUGGGCCUGGAAAAAUCACGGAGCCCCCCAACAGAGAUGACCAUGUCCAGNACACUCAGAGACUUGCUGAAGCAGCCGGGCCAUGGCCCCUCUGACCACAUGACUGAUGGCCACCUGGGCAGCAUCCAGGUCCAGCUAAAUGAUGGCCAUGCCAGGGGCUCCCCCAGAAAUGGCACAGACAAUAUGCACUUGAAUAACGCUGCUGUGGUCAGCACCCCCAGCGCCCCCCAGGUUGGCCUGCCACAUUCCCAUAGCAACCGCCUGCAGAUGACGAGCACCAUGCCCCACCAAGCGCCGGACUACGCCAAAUAUGCCACACUCAAGGCUGUAGAGAGCGCACCUGAAGAAUUCUACAAGCGGUUUCCCAUGGUGGACAUGCCUCCGCCGGGCACUCUGUCCUUCCCGCCCAUGGGGCUGCAUCAGAAGGACAUGCCUCCCCUGCACGACGGUUGCCCUUUGGUUGGCUUGGCUACACCUGGGCAGAAGGCCAAAGUGGUGAAAACCAACGCCCACCCACUAGUGUCCAGCCCUGCCUUCAAGGGAGGCUGGGACCCCAGCCAUCACCACCCCCCUGAUGUCCGUCGACAGGUCUAUGCCAACAAGCGCCAGUUCAGCGUUGAGAAGCUGCCGGAGGUCUUCAGCCAGACACCCACCCACUAUGUCCAGUCCCCACGGCCCUUCUCCACCAAUAGCAAGACUGAGGUCACUGUCUAAAAAGAAUCUUCUUUUCCUUUUAUGUCCCCACAGCCUCUGGGGCUGGCGGUCUUGCCAGCUCAGGCCACCUGCUAGCGAAGUAUCAGAGGUACUUCCCCAUCAUAGCUGGUGGCACUAGGCUGGGUGGCAGGAGGUGCGAGGAGGGUGGGGGAAUAUCCACCAGGACAGGUGCCCGCACCUCUUGCGAGUACUCGGCUACCGUGCAUGGUGAAACAGGCAUGCAUGUUGCCCUGUGAUUGAUGCACGGCUGUUGUUUCCAGUUCACCUGUCUAGCACAUCACACUUGUAGCAGAAUGGUCGAUGUUGACAGGCACCAGGGGACGUCUGAGCCCAGCUGGUGAGGGGGAAUGGACCCUCUAACGGGAAGGACAACUGGUGGGAGAUGUGAGACAAGCAAUUGCAAUAGCCAUUAAGGCCCAUUGGGUUUGCAUAUGUAGCCCAUCCCCUCCUUCUUUCCCGCCACGUGGGUUUUAAACAAGGGCACACAACUACAACUCAUGCCAGUAUAAAUAACCUGACAAAGGCAGCUGUCAAGGGCUCACAAGGAGUUUUACAUGUUUCCCUUUGCUGUCUGCUCAGCUCACUAUCGCUGAGUGGACUUGGGGAUUUUUUUGUUUUUUAUAUCCAUUUUUGAAUGUCUCCAGUGAUAGGCUAACUAACCCUGCAAUUCCAGUAGCAACUCGCUCCCGCGGGCCAGGGCAGUGGGACAGUAGGUGGGCACAGGGCGGCCCCUGGUGGCUGCAGACUAGCAAAACAUAGGGCCUAGGUAAACAGUGUCUGCUGGCUCCAGUGGCAGAAGGGUUUGUGUAUUUUCAGUCUCAAUGGGACGCGUCAGCCAGCAGGGCAAGGCUGAGUGGCAGGUUUAGAAGUUCAGGAGGCAGCGGAUGGGGCACAUGUCGUAAAGGGACUGAAAAGCUGCCUCAGUGGAUGGGCUCGUCUAUGACUUGGCUGCAUCACAUGCUCCAUGUAGCCUGUCUGGCUGCAGCUACCCAGCUCUAGGACCUGAGUGUCACUGCUGCAGUGACAGACAGCUAAGCAGGCUGCGUGUGUGGCUAAAGGGUGGGGCUGUGGCUGCAGAGCAGGGUCUGUUGCUGGGUGUGAUGGCCAUAAGCACCAUGUACUUCACUGCUUUACACUCAAUGUUGAGUCAUUCCCCCGUGCCCAGGCCUGGCCAUAUUCCCUGCUACAGGUGCCAGAGCAGGCCCCAUGGCUAGGGUUGCCAGAUGGUUUAACCAAAAAUACCAAAUGCAACCCCCCCCUCUUC